AUGGAGGCAAUUAUGGCUGAACCUACACAAGAAGGACAAGCACCAAAGACUCCAGUUGAAGUUGUUGCUCAAGUCCUGCCAUCAUCCAAGUUUCUACAGAAUGUUGGCCUUCAGCCAGCAGGGGCGAACAAGCGUGCCAACACUGCACGUGUACAUGAACUUGAAGCUGAAGUUCAGCAAGAGAAGCAAGUUGCUGCAGCACUUCAAGAAGUGAUUGAUAGCCAGCGAGAUGAGAUGGAGGACUUGAAGAAGAAGAUGAGUGCUUCCGAGGAAGUGAGUCAGAUCCAGGAAGUAGAGAUAAAGAUGUUGAAGCAGCAAGGAGAGGAGACAAAUUCCCUCCUUUGUCGUUUGCUGAGCCUCAACAAGGAGUAGGCCGAUGUGCAAGAGAUCGCCGUUCCUACUGCCAUAGAGGUGAUGUCUACUUUGUACUGCUG